UUUAGUCUAUACCGUUGCCUUUUAACGGUCGGACGAGUUUUAAUCAGUGUACGAAAAAAAGUUCUUUCUUUACAAAUAAAAUUUGUUUAAAUUUAAAAUUUGCAAAAAAAAGUUAAUGAAUUUAAAUUUCUAAAUUUAUUUUUUUAAUAAAAUUAAAAAUGCAACAACGAGUUUUAGUUAAAUAUGCAAUUUUUAUAAUUUCAAUACAAAUGGUGUUUAGUGGAUCUUUUGCAGGAUGUCCUUUAUAUUCAUGGCAAUGUAACAAUGGUCAGUGCAUUAAAUCCGAUGAACUAUGUGAUGGCAACUAUGAUUGUGAGGAUAAAUCGGAUGAGACCGUUGAAGAGUGUUUACUCAGACCAUGUCCAAGUUAUGCCUUUCAGUGUGCUUAUGGUGCCUGUAUAACAGGAAACUUCAAGUGUAAUGGUGUUGUCAAUUGUGUGGAUGGCUCGGAUGAGACAAGGUUCCUGUGUAAUUCAAAAGUAAACUAUGAAAAGGAAUUACAAGGAAGCUGUGUGUUUCCCACUAGCAUGGAAUGUCAAUCGGGUGAAUGUAUUAGCAACGAUAAGUUAUGUGAUGGUCAUGAAGAUUGUCUAGAUGGUAGCGAUGAGAUAGUUCAAGUAUGUAGUUUUCUUAAAUGUCCCGAGUAUUCUUUCCGUUGUGGUUACGGGGCCUGUGUACCCGGUUUGUCAGCUUGUAAUGGCAUUAAAGAUUGUAGAGAUGGUUCCGAUGAAAUUGCCAGUAUUUGUUCAAAUAUUACCAUUACUAUGCCCACAACUGUUAGACCUGAACCAGAAGUCACUACAAGCACUACUACAACUACUACAACGACAACAAUAUCAACAUCAACUACCAUAUAUCCAGACACCACUCCAAAGCCCACAAUUUCAGAAAACUAUUGUUCAUCUUCCAUUAUUACACGUGGCAUUUCAUCAUUAGCUACUUGUUAUUACGACAAUAAACCAGUAAGUUGUAAAGAUCAUUUACGAGUCGGUACCGUAGCCAAUAUUACGUGUGCUCCCGGCUAUAUUGAAAAACAAAUGAAGAAAAGUGUCACUUCAAUUAAAUGUGACACUGACGGUGAAUGGACUCGUUCCAAAACAAAAUGUAUGCCAGAUUGUGGUACCCUAACCGAUGACCAGAAAGACAAAGUGACAAAACCUUGGGAUGUAACUAUAUUAAGGCGAGACUAUGUACCCAUUUAUGAUCCUAUAUGCAGUGGAGUUAUUGUUUCACCUAAAAUCGUAUUGACUGCUGCUAAUUGCCUCCGUAUUCGCAAUAGUGAUUAUAAUACAGAUCAUGUUUACUAUAGUUUGGUACAAGGUUUCUACAAUCAGUCUUAUGCUGAGGGAUAUCAUACUUCAAACGCCGAUAUUCACAAUAUUUCCAGUAUAAGUAUUAAAAACAUGCACCGAACACAAGAUUUGGCCGUUCUAGUUGUGGUAAAUUAUUUCCAAUUUUCGCACAACUUAAAACCCAUUUGUUUGCCCACAGCUCAGAGUAAUAUAUUUCCCUUCUACAGUGAUAAUAAAUUGAAUAUCGGUCGUCCUGUUAUACGUGACACUUCACGCAUCUAUUUGGAGUAUUUAAUUGCCAGCCUAGAGACUAAGAGCAAUGGUCGGAAUGCCUUGACCUAUGUCAAUGUUUUUAAUUAUAUACCAUUUAUUAAUCGUGAAAUUAAGAAAUAUGAUUAUCUACUUUAAGUAAAAGUCCCAGAGAGUGAAAAAAUGCAUUCACACUCUGUUAAGAAUUAAAUUUUUAAUAUUUAAGACAUUUAUUUAAGUAACUUUUUUUUGUUCAUUGUGAAUUAUUUUUUUAUUUCUUUUUCUUUAAGGUUUUUUUAUAUAAUAAG